AUGAUCGAAAUUAUAUCAAGAUGGAUAUUGAACCGAUUAGGCUGGGUAGUGGAUAUGACCCCUGAAACUUUUAGAACGAAAACUAAAAAUGGACGCUUGCUCGCUCAAAUGUUGCUCAGCUACGACGUCAUUACAAUCGAAGAAUUGAAUUUGCUGAAGAAAAGUAACCACGUGAGUGACUGCUACGAUAAUUUCAAUCUCAUCAAUGACUGGAUGAGGCGUUUGCACUUGGACUCACACGAUGAGGACAUUUACGAAAUAGUCAACGGAGUCGGCUCGGCCUCUUUAGACUUAUUCUACCGAGUAUUUUUAGAGUUAAGAAACAAAACGAAAUUAGAUUUUUUAACUGAUCAUGAAAUAAAUGCUCAACUAGGCAAAUGGUCGCACAGGUUUGAAGUAAACGUUGUCAACGAGGACUUGGAAAAACUUGAUUUGCAACGAGAUGAAGUUUGCGAACUAUUUUUAGAGAGAGGUGAUGUUUAUCGUUGGUACAAAGACCGCUUAGAAGCGCUGCAAAUGCGUUGCAAAGAGGCCAGAGAUGAAUAUUUGCACAAUGCUAAAUUCCAAGCCAAAUCUUCUGCGGCAAUAAUUCAUGAAAAAGGUGCCUUGGAAGCAUUUCAAACAUCCUCAUCAACUUCUAGUAUGAGUAAUGAAGAUGUUGAGGCAUUUGAUAGUGAUAAGACGUACGAGGAAUUGAUCCAGCUUCAAGAAGAGGCAAGAAGCAUGCAAAAAUUUGUACCAAACCCAAAAAAAGCUGAGAAAAUAUUAAAUAAUGUCCGUGCCAAAAGGAAAGUGUGUCAGGAAAAGAAACAAUUAGGGACUCAAUGGCAUCAAGCAAUUAUGAGCCAAUUUGACAAGAAAAUUAGUGAUAGCAAAGCAAAGUGUGACGAUAGACUAAUAGUAGACACCUUUAUGAGACAAUCCUUAUACGAAAAAGAAAUAGUUAGUAAACUGGGACAAGUAAAACUGGAAAUUGAACACAUAAAGGAAAACCGAUUCAAACAAUGCGAACUGUUGAAUAAACUUAAAGAAAACAACUCUAUAGAUGCUUUAAUAUUAAAAGAAAAAGAACUAAAUGAGCAUAAAUUAAUGUACUUCUUAGAGCGUGAAAGAUUACUCGAAUUAAACCAAAGAAUAGGAAACGAAAAAGCCAGCCGAAACCAAUCAAGUAAUAAACAACUUUGCAAUGAAGCUUUAAAAGACAUCAUGAAUAUUUCAAUAAAAAUAUCAAAAUACAAAAAACGCUACGCACAAGAACCCGACAGACGCGCGAUGGAAAAUUUAAAAAAUCUAUUUGUUACCGGAGAACCGAUAUUUGAAAUUUGCGAGCCCAUAAUUGAUAUUAUUAAGGACAACGAAUAUGAUAUUCCCGAGCGAAUAAUUAGUGGGGAGAUUUCCAGGCAAAAUGCUAUGGAUCAACAGGAGUUUGAAAAGUAUCAAAAGUACGAAUGGCCGUGGGAAGUGAGGCAUUCGAACACGGAAUUAAUUGAUCAAAUUAGAUCCGGAUUGGAUGUUUUUGGUUACAUCGUCCACCGGAGCUUAGAACGCAAAUAUCCUAGACUUCCUUUAUUUGAAAAACCCUAUUUUCCACAAAUAUCAACACGUGUAUGCCUCAACGGCCUUAUCGACGCAUCCAUAUUACCAAACUUAAGGAAACUUCUCAGAAAAAAACAUAUUAAAGUAAUCGAGUUAAAUGACGCGGUUGAUUAUUGUCUUGCCGUUUAUAAACAAGAGACCAAGAGAAAAGAAGAAGAGGAAGAAGAAGACGAUGUUCCGCUAAUCAAAGAACCUAUCAAAGAAGUAGCAAGAUUGAAAAAAGGACAAAAAUCAUCAAGUCAGCAACCUGUAGAAGAAGAAAUAAUAAGUGAACCAACAGAACCUCAAACAAAAAAGGUUCAAACUCCUCAAAAAUACCCUUGUGAAGCAAUUCCUUAUACCCAUUCAGCCCAAUUAGGCAAAGCUGCUCAAGAUCUGUUAGAACAAGGAAAAUCUAUAGGAGAUGUCCUGUUAAUCGACAUGUUUAUAGAAUACUUGAGGUCAAUUUCCAAUCUUAAAGGUUGGGUUUUAGUCAAUUAUCCCACAAAUUUGGAUCAAGCGUUGUUGAUUGAAGAGGCCUUGACAGGAGUGAAUCUAGGCCCAACAACUUUUGAUGAUAUUGAUACAAAAAGGCAUUCAAAGCUUCUUUCUAAUCCUAUAGUACCUAAACCUGUCCAGGUUUACGAUACAGCUCUAACUGCGUUUGUUAGAUUGAAAAAAUUAUCUGUUGAUGAUACAAAUUGUGACGCCCUAUUGCCACCUAUUCAUGAACAAUCACCCGUCAAUGUGGAUUCUUUGGAUAAAUUCUAUUCCGAUGCAGGAGCCAACUAUUCAAUGUACUAUAAAGAGCUAGAUUGGGGUACCACGAAGUACUUGGGCAAAUUGAUUAUCGGAGAUUAUAGUUUACCUUUGAAAGCUUCCUCGGAACUAUUCGGAGAAACUGCUCAUUUGCACGAACACAUAACUAGAUCAGUUAAAGCUACUAAAGUUGGUCGUAAAUUGAAGAAACCAACAUUUGAUGUGAUACAUAGUACAAAGGUGAUUGUGGACGCGAAAGAUAAAAAAGGCAAAACUCAAAUUGUGAUAGUUUUUGUAAAUAAAAGUGUACAAGUACCAAAUGAAGAUGAUGAGGAAGAGUAUGAUGAAGCGGAGGACUUGAAUUCGGAAUUGCCAGAAACUGAACAACGCGAAUAUUGUCAAUCUACUUGUCCCGAUGAAUUAUUGGUUUCUUUGGCGACCGUUUGGGAAACAGUAGAAGAAAUCUACACCACCGACUUGAAAGAAGUAUUUUUCUUGAUAAGAUCUAAUUUAGAUUCGGUCAUGCCCUUUGCUCAGUACGUGAUAGAUUGCAUGAGGAAAAUUAUCGAUAGGCCCGAUCAGAAAAGCAUGUGUUUGUCAAAAUUUCAAAAUGAGUUUAACGCAUUUGAUGCGGAUUUUAGAACAGAUGACGAGUUUAAAGUGGAAAUGCACUGUAGAAUCGAAGACUUCAAAGAAAAACUUGCAGAAAUGAGCGAAGAAAAGAUGAUUGAAUCCGAAAAAACGCGAUGCCACAUCAUCAAGGCCGACUGGGCUCCACGCCAACUUAACGAACUCGUUAAUAAUUACCUGACCGUGUUGCAAAUUGAAGUAGAACUAUUCAUUGAAAGCAUUCACUUUAUCAACGAUUAUUACAUGGGAAUUAUGAGUGGAUAUCCUACAGACAAUGACAUAUACAAAGAGGAAACAAUACCUAAAUUCAGAGAAAUUGGUGCUCAUUAUAUUAAUAAAAUGUUCCUAAACAGCUCUAGUAACAUUGAAAUAGAGGAAUUUGAAGAAUUAUUGUGGAAUGUAACGCAAAAAAUGCAAAGUAUUGUCAAGAAAAUCAGCGGAAUUGUAACGGAUUGUAUUGAAAAACCCAAAGGAGGUGCUUGGAUGGGAACAGGCAAACAAGCUAAAAGUAAAGCGGGCAGUCAAAAAUCGAAAACGACUAAAGGCGCGAAAACCCCCGAAGAAUCAUUAUUAAAAGACGAUGUUAGCAAGCUUAAAGAAGAAUGGCAAUGUGCUGCAAAUGGGCAAACUCUAAGAAUAAAUUUACAAAUCGAACUUAUUAAAAAUAGAGCUUUAGAAUCGAUACGAGAAUUUUUAACAUCUAUUCAAAAAUCUUAUCACGAAGUUUUCAAUGCGAUUCGUACAAAAUAUUCAAACGAAAUGGAAAAUAUUGAUAAGGUUUGUAAUAUUUUCAAAGCAGCAGUCGAAAAUGAAGUAGCUUUACAAAAGGAGUUUAGUUUUGAAGGGCAUUUGUUGCGUAUCAAUCCUGAAGUUAAUUUAUAUGAUAAUGCUCCUAUAAUACCACAAAUGUAUCAAGAAAUUGUAGAAGAAGGAGCAUUUACUAUAGCACAAUUAUCAAAAUUAACUGAUAUAUUUUUGGAUUUAAGCCCAAGUGGUUACAUUUCAAAAGGUAAUUUUAUUUUCGUAUUGCAAAAUGCUGUCAAUAAUGAAGAUUCAUUAUUGCCAAAACUAUGGAAGAAAUUAGUAGAGGAGACGCUGUUAAAAAAAGUUGCAGACUCUUUAUUUGAUGAAUUAGAAUAUGUUUAUUGGAAAGAUUUCAUUGUAAACAAUAUAAGAAUUCCAUUUCCUUCGGAAAUGGAAAUUUGUAAUACAAAAGAAGCAUUCAGUGAAUGCGAUCCAGACACUACAGAAUUAAUUCAAAAUUAUCAACUUUAUUCGACAAAUCUUUGGUUUGAAAAUAUUCAGCACCCACACCGAAAUAUAGACAUUAAAAAACUUCUAUAUAAAUUAUAUCGUAUAGAAAAUUAUGGCUGUAACUAUACAGCUAUGUUGUUGGACUUUUGCAAAGCCCAAAAUGCUGUUGAAGGUUUUGUGAAAGCCUUGCAGUUAUUUUUAGGAAAAAUGGUUUGUCGCGACACUGAUAUGGGCAACAUUUUUAAAGAAAAAUAUUUAGAGUCCAAGCACCAACAAGAAGUAAAUGGUAACACUACUGAAAGCGACUUGUAUGAAACAAUUCACCAAGAAAUCAAUAAAUUAGUUGAUGUUGUUGUGGACACAAAACUUAAAUCUGAAGCUUCUUUGGUACGUGAAAGUUGUUUGAAAAGGCCUUCUGAGAAAGUUUUAGAGGUGCGUGGCAAUAAAUCUGUAGAAUUUAAAAUGAUCGAUUUAAAACAGGAAGAAUCAUCAUCAAAAAGCAGUGGUACAGACGAUGAAGAAGUUGAACUAGUAAAUCUCUACGAAGAAUCACCAGACAAUAAUGCCAAAACUGCCAGCGUUCAAUCAGCAGAAAUUAUAUUUGUUUUACCACUAGACGUCAUUGUAACAGUUUUGGAGGCUUCAAUACCGUGGCACGAGCGACUGCAAAAUAUAGGAGACUUGAGUUUUUGCGAAAAGGCGACAGAAAUUUACGAGAAAUGCAGAAAACCUGAUUUGGAUAUGUCGGUGUUGGCACAUGAGUUUUUGGACAGUGAAAUGUUUCGAGAUUUGUUGAAUUUGACGAAGAAGUUUUGUGCUCUUGAUCCUGUUGAGAUAGUACAAGAUGUUUUGGAAGAAAACGUUUAAAUUUAAGUGCAUAUGUUUCUAUAUUUAGAUUUCAGACUCAAUAGCUCUCUUUCAACGUUUCAACUGACUUGAGAACCGUUCUAGAUUGGUAAUUUCCAGUCGAUCAAUUCAUUUUUGUCAAGUAGAAUAAACAUUCAAGGGUUCAACUUAUUGAAAAAUAGUUGGGUAACUGGAAAUUACUGGUUCUGGAACGAUCCUCAUGAAUCUCAUGUCGGUUGGAACAAAGCUAUUGCUAUUUAUUUUAUUUAUACUUUAUUAUACCUAUGUAACAGAAUUAAAAUGAUCAAUUUUUUCAUUAAAACUUAAUGGGCGACAGUCAAAUAUUCAACUAAACUCAACUCAAGUUUUGUUUUGGGUGAGGUGAUGAUUAUUUUGAACAGUGUGUGCUGAUCAUUUCAUCAUCGUUCUG